GAUGCUCAGGGGUGGAUGUGUCUACAGAACUGCCAGCUGGAAGGAGGUGGCACGGGAACUCCCGGGUGAUACUCUCGGCCUCACACCCGUGGGGAUGGUGCCAAGGACGCUGCAGGGAUCCCCGAGGCUGGGCAAGCUGGAGGAAGGACGAACACCCCCAGAUCUAGCCAGUACCUCUCCUGGCAUCGCCCUCAGCCCUGAGUUUCCUCGCCAGUCAGCAAGUAGGAGCUGGACGCUUCCCAAGCAGUAGGGCAAAAGGGAGGGGCAUUGCAAGGAUGACCCGGGGAGGGGUACCCAGGCCCACAAACAAAAGAAAUGGGUUCUGCUCACGGUGCCCGAGGAGUGGGUGGCACGGAGAGUGGACGCUAGUCCCGCCCGGGAGAUGGCCCAGGCUCCAGGCGACACGCACAGGGCGUCGCACGCGGGAGCCGGCGGGAGGGGUGGGCGCGAGCGCGCGCGGGGUCUCACGCGGAAGGGAGGCGCGGCGCGCAUGCUCAAUCCCACACCUCACCGGGCGGGGCGGGAGACCCGGGCUCCUAGGCGGGGGGAGGAGCGCUCGCGCAGCCGCCCCUGACAGGAGCGGGCUCGGCGGCUGCUGCAGCGCUCAGCGCCGGGGCCCUGCCGGAGCCGGGUCUAGCAUGUGCCGCGGCUCCCCGGCGGCGGCGGCUCCUCUGCAGCAACGGCAGCAGCAGCGGCCGCCAUGGCCAAGCCCAGCGCGGAGCUCACCCGCGAGCUGCAAGACAGCAUCAGGAGGUGCUUAAGCCAAGGGGCUGUGCUCCAACAACAUCGGGUGAAGCUGGAGACGAAGCCCAAGAAGUUUGAGGAUCGAGUUCUGGCCCUGACCUCCUGGCGCCUCCACCUCUUCCCCCUUAAAGUCCCAGCCAAGGUGGAGAGCUCCUUCAAUGUCCUAGAAAUCCGCGCCUUCAAUACGCUCAGUCAGAACCAGAUCCUAGUGGAGACAGAGCGUGGCCUGGUGAGCAUGCGGCUCCCAUCCGCUGAGAGUGUGGACCAGGUGACACGACAUGUGAGCUCUGCCCUCUCCAAGGUCUGCCCUGGCCCUGGGUGUCUAAUCCGUCGUGGAAAUGCUGACACCCCAGAAGGGCCCCGAGACACGUCCCCUAACUCUGAGACUUCCACAUCGACCACUCACAGUGUCUGUGGUGGCUUCUCCGAGACCUAUGCUGCCCUGUGUGACUACAACGGACUGCACUGCCGUGAGGAGGUGCAAUGGGAUGUGGACACCAUCUAUCAUGCCGAGGAUAACCGGGAGUUCAAUCUUUUGGAUUUCAGCCACUUGGAAAGCCGAGACUUGGCCCUAAUGGUGGCAGCCCUGGCCUACAACCAGUGGUUCACCAAACUCUACUGCAAGGAUCUGCGGCUGGGCUCUGAAGUGUUAGAACAGGUGCUACAUACCCUGAGCAAGUCGGGGAGCCUCGAAGAGCUGGUGCUGGACAAUGCCGGGCUUAAGACGGACUUUGUCCAGAAGCUGGCCGGGGUGUUUGGGGAGAACGGGAGCUGUGUGCUGCAUGCCCUCACUCUGUCCCACAACCCCAUCGAGGACAAGGGUUUCCUCAGUCUGAGUCAGCAGCUCCUCUGCUUCCCCACUGGCCUCACCAAACUGUGCCUGGCCAAGACUGCCAUUUCCCCUCGAGGGCUCCAGGCACUGGGCCAGACCUUCGGGGCCAACCCAGCCUUUGCCAGCUCCCUUCGAUACCUGGACCUGAGCAAGAACCCUGGGCUGCUCGCCACAGAUGAGGCCAAUGCCCUCUACAGUUUCCUGGCCCAGCCUAAUGCUCUGGUGCACCUGGACCUGGCAGGAACCGACUGCGCCAUUGACUUGCUUCUGGGAGCCCUGCUCCAUGGCUGCUGCUCCCACCUAACCUACCUCAACCUGGCGCGCAACAGCUGCUCCCACAGGAAGGGCCGAGAGGCCCCGCCGGCCUUCAAGCAGUUCUUCAGCAGCGCCUACACACUGAGCCACGUCAACCUGUCGGCCACGAGGCUGCCCCUGGAGGCCCUCAGGGCACUGCUCCAGGGCCUCUCCCUCAACAGUCACCUCAGUGAUCUGCACCUGGACCUCAGCAGCUGUGAGCUCCGCUCAGCAGGAGCCCAGGCUUUGCAGGAGCAGCUGGGGGCUGUCACCUGUGUGGGCAGCCUGGAUCUGUCAGACAAUGGGUUCGACUCGGACCUCCUGACACUGGUGCCCGCACUUGGCAAGAACAAGUCCCUCAAGCACCUGUUCCUGGGCAAGAACUUCAAUGUCAAGGCCAAGACCCUGGAGGAGAUCCUCCACAAGCUGGUGCAACUGAUCCAAGAAGAGGACUGUUCCCUGCAGUCACUGUCAGUGGCAGACUCAAGGCUGAAGCUCCGCACCAGCAUCCUCAUCAAUGCCCUGGGCAGCAACACCUGCCUGGCUAAGGUGGAUCUGAGUGGCAAUGGCAUGGAGGACAUCGGGGCCAAGAUGCUGUCUAAGGCCCUGCAGAUAAACUCCUCCCUCAGAACCAUCCUAUGGGAUCGAAACAACACAUCUGCCCUGGGCUUUCUGGACAUUGCAAGGGCCCUGGAGAGCAACCACACACUGCGCUUCAUGUCCUUCCCCGUGAGUGACAUCUCCCAAGCCUACCGCAGCGCCCCGGAGCGCACCGAGGAUGUCUGGCAGAAGAUCCAGUGGUGCUUGGUGAGGAACAAUCACUCCCAGACAUGCCCUCAGGAGCAGGCCUUCAGGCUGCAGCAGGGCCUGGUGACCAGCAGCGCCGAGCAAAUGCUGCAGCGGCUGUGUGGCCGGGUGCAGGAGGAGGUUCGGGCCCUGAGGCUGUGCCCCCUGGAGCCUGUGCAGGAUGAGCUGCUUUAUGCUCGGGACCUGAUCAAGGACGCCAAAAACUCACGGGCGCUGUUUCCCAGCCUCUAUGAGCUGGGCCAUGUGCUGGCCAAUGACGGGCCUGUACGGCAGAGGCUGGAGUCAGUUGCCAGUGAGGUGUCCAAGGCUGUGGACAAGGAACUGCAGGUGAUCCUGGAGUCGAUGGUCAGCCUUACGCAGGAGUUAUGUCCUGUGGCCAUGCGAGUGGCUGAGGGGCACAACAAGAUGCUGAGCAAUGUGGCUGAGCGCGUCACUGUGCCCCGGAACUUCAUCCGAGGGGCGCUGCUGGAGCAGGCAGGACAGGACAUUCAGAACAAGCUGGAUGAAGUAAAGCUCUCAGUCGUCACCUACUUGACCAACUCCAUAGUGGACGAGAUCCUGCAGGAGCUGUACCACUCCCACAAGAGCCUGGCCCGGCACCUGGCCCAGCUAAAGACACUAUCAGAUCCACCAUCGGGGCCAGGCCAAGGGCAGGAUCCGUCCUCCCGGGGCCGAGGCCGGAACCAUGACCAUGAGGAGACCACAGAUGAUGAACUUGGGACCAACAUCGACACCAUGGCCAUCAAAAAGCAGAAACGCUGCCGCAAGAUCCGGCCAGUGUCCGCCUUCAUUAGUGGGAGCCCUCAGGACAUGGAAAGCCAGCUGGGGAGCCUGGGGAUCCCGCCUGGCUGGUUCUCAGGACUCGGAAGCAGCCAGCCCACAGGCGGUGGCUCCUGGGAGGGUCUAUCCGAGCUGCCCACUCAUGGCUAUAAACUAAGGCAUCAAACACAAGGCAGACCUCGGCCCCCCAGGACCACACCUCCAGGACCUGGUCGGCCCAGUCAGGUGCCAAUAACUGGGACACGACAGGAGAAUGGGAUGGCCACCCGCCUGGAUGAGGGGCUGGAGGAUUUUUUCAGCCGAAGGGUCAUGGAUGAAAGCUCCAGCUACCCCCGGACUCUGCGGACCCUGCGGCCAGGCCUCUCAGAGCCGCCGCUGCCUCCACUCCAGAAGAAGAGACGCAGAGGCCUGUUUCACUUUCGCCGGCCCCGGAGCUUCAAGGGGGAUAGGGGGCCAGGGUCCCCCACCACUGGGCUCCUCCUCCCUCCGCCCCCACCCCCACCCCCAACUCAGGAGAGCCCCCCAAGCCCAGAUCCCCCCAGCCUUGGCAAUAAUUCCUCCCCCUGUUGGAGCCCAGAGGAGGAGAGCGGCCCCCUCCCUGGAUUUGGGGGGAGCCGGGGGCCUUCCUUCCGCAGGAAGAUGGGCACUGAGGGGGCGGAGCCAGGGGAGGGGGGCCUGGCCCCUGGGACGGCACAGCAGCCAAGGGUCCAUGGUGUUGCCCUUCCUGGGUUGGGAAGAGCCAAGGGUUGGAGCUUCGACGGGAAACGAGAGGGUACAGGCCCAGACCUGGAGGGCAGUGUCCAGGCUUGGCAGAAACGGCGCUCUUCAGACGAUGCAGGGCCGGGAGCCUGGAAGCCCCCACCACCACCCCAAAGCACCAAGCCAAGCUUCAGCGCCAUGCGCCGAGCAGAGGCCACAUGGCACAUAGCUGAGGAGAGUGCCCCCAACCACAGCUGCCAGAGCCCCAGCCCAGCCUCUCAGGACGGGGAGGAGGAAAAGGAGGGGGCCCAAUUCCCAGAGAGGACCGUUCCCACUAGGAAUGCCAAGCUGCAGGACCCCCCUUUAGCUUCACGGCCCCCCAAGCCAGUGGCUGUGCCCCGGGGCCGCCGGCCCCCCCAGGAGCCAGGGGGCAGGGAGGAGGCUGAGGCUGGGGGUGCAGUCCUAGGAAUGAACAAACCCCGGCUGAGGCUGGGCUCACAGCAGGAUCAAGAGGAGACCGAGGUCCAAGGGCCCCCAGAUCCAGGCCGCCGGACUGCCCCCCUGAAGCCCAAGAGGACGCGGCGGGCACAGUCCUGUGACAAGCUGGAGCCUGACAGAAGGCAGCCCCCUGACCCCACAGCAGGAACCAGUGAGCCAGGAACAGACUGACAGCCGCUACAGCACCCUGCCCAGCCCUCCUCUCAACAUGUGCCUCACAAGGACUCAGACCCCCACCCACCCCCCACACCUCCAGGCCCCUCUGCCAGCCCAUCCCCCAGGGGCAGGAUGGCAGGAUGAGGCCUGGGGACAGGAGGUGGGGGACAGGAUGGGAGAGAGCAACCUGGAGAGAGGGAGGCAGAGCUUGGGGCAGGGCCGUCUCCUCUCCUGGAAGGGCAGAUCUGUCCCUCUAUCCCCAGGGACUCUCUCCCUCCUUGUAUAGAAUUAAAAAAAACAAAAUCA